GCUUAACAGGAAAUCGCUGUGUAUCUACUAGUAUCAUAGUCCAGUUAGCCGCCUAGCUUUCAAAUGGAGAUGUGUCGGUAUUGGAAGUCGCAUUGAAAUAUAGUGUGGAUUUAAAUAGGCUUUUAAUGUUUGAUAACAUGCUGAAAUGUUAUAUUAUGUUAAGUUGCUAACAUUGGUGUGCACUGUGAUAACGUUAGCGUGCACUGCAGCUAACUUCCCUGAGCUUUUCUGAACUGUUGGAGCUCGUUGUGUCGUGUCGACAUGGCGACAUAAACAAAACUGUCCAGCUUCAAAACUUAUCUGCACUGAGUUGCGGAUUUGAGUCAGAAUGUCCCGACUUAUUGACUCUGACGAGGCCACUCCAUUGCUCAGGGACGAUGCAAGCAGCGAUGACUCUCAGGAUGAAGAUUACAAGAGCCGAUGGAGGUCAAUCCGAAUCAUGUACUUCACCAUGUUUCUCAGCAGUGUAGGUUUCACUAUCGUCAUCACAUCACUGUGGCCAUAUUUGCACAAGAUCGAUGAUGGAGCCAAUGCCACUUUCCUGGGAUGGGUGGUGGCAGCCUACAGCCUCUGUCAGAUGGUGGCCUCUCCCAUUUUUGGCCUGUGGUCUAAUCACCGGCCACACAGGGAGCCUUUGGUGUGCUCCAUCUUCAUAAACCUGUCGGCCAACAUCUACUACGCCUAUGCAUAUCUGCCUAAGACCAAUAACAAGUUCCAUGUCCUCUUCGCCAGAGCCUUGGUUGGAUUUGGAGCAGGCAAUGUUGCGGUGGCAAGGUCUUUUGUUGCUGGAGCGACAUCACUGAAGGAGAGAACUAAUGCUAUGGCAAACAUGAGUGCCUGUCAGGCCCUGGGUUUUAUCCUGGGACCAGCUCUUCAAGCAUGCCUGUCAUUCGUCGGUGAGCGUGGUGUCACAGUGAAAUUCAUAGACCUGGAGCUCAACAUGUACACUGCUCCUGCGUUACUGGCUGUGGCUUUUGGCAUCAUCAACAUCCUGCUGGUCCUGUUGGUGCUGAGAGAGCACCGUGUUGACGACCAUGGGAGACACAUACAAGCCAUUAACUACACAUCGGAAGAUAGAGUUGAUAUUAGUGAAGAAACAGAGGAAGCCAUUGACAGUGUUGCAGUCCUGACCUCCAAUGUCCUCUUCUUCAUCGUCAUGUUCAUCUUUGCCAUCUUUGAGACAAUUUCCACACCAUUGUCCAUGGACAUGUUCGCCUGGACAAGGAAAGAAGCUGUUUUAUACAACGGUUUGAUCAUCUGUUUCAUUGGAUUCGAAUCCAUCCUUGUGUUUCUGGUUGUAAAAGUGGCUUCUCAAAGGGUUGGGGAUCGUCCUGUGUUGCUAGCAGGCCUUGCCAUUAUCUUCUGUGGCUUCUUCAUUCUGCUUCCAUGGGGGAAUCAUUACCCCAAAAUCCAGUGGGCUGACCUUAAAAAUAACUCAUUGGUCAGUCAAAAUUUUGCCGUUAAUGCAUCCAACAGCACUGUGGAGCCAACAGGCUGCCCGUUUGAACAGACCUGGUGCCAGUAUACACCUGCAAUACACCUAGCCCAGUAUAUCACAUCUGAUGUUCUGAUUGGGAUGGGAUACCCAGCCUGCAAUGUGAUGUCCUAUACACUGUAUUCCAAAAUUGUUGGACCCAGGCCUCAGGGUGUGUACAUGGGUUUGUUGACAGCCUCUGGCAGCGGCGCACGGACAUUUGGCCCCAUUUUUGUCUCUCAGGUUUAUACCAUCCUGGGACCUCGUUGGGCCUUUAGCAUCAUCUGUGGGAUUGUGGUAGGGGCCAUCAUCCUCCUGAGCACCGUUUACCACAGACUCAUCGCGUUUUCUGUACGCCAUGGACAAACUAUACAAUAACGUGCGAUUGGACAGACUGACCACAAAACUUCCUGGCUAUAAUUCCGCCUUUUUGUUGCUCACUUUACAGCGAGGCUACUGAUGAGCCCAUGAGAGUUUGUGACUCUGGGUUGACCUUUGAACUCUAAUGCGACAAGGUUAUUCCUCAUGACUUGACCAAAGAUGGCUGCUACGAUUUGAGUUCUAAGGGAGCUAGAAGUUCACCUGCACUUGUGGAAAAAAGCCACAUGACACACAUGCAGCAGGGUGAGGUGAGGGCAUAAACAAGAGGACCGCUUAAAAACAAUGAGUGAAUUAUUAUUUUUAUUUUUUUAAAUGUAUGAAUCAACAAAUACGGUUUUACUUUAACUCGUGAAAUAUUUGGAAUUUAACACAGGCACAUGGACCUAAUGAAUGGUACUUGAUUAUUUAAAUAUUACUGACACUAAAUAUGCUCACUAUUAUGAUUUAGUGCAGAAUGGUUGUUUAUUGUGCAAUGACUUUAGUUGUGCAAGAAAUGUUUUCUUGAGAGAGAGAACAAUUAUAUUUGGGGAUUUAUUGUAACAUUUCCAAUUAAAAAAAAUAAAUCCAUAUUGAAUGAUUUUCCAUGCUCUGUUAAAGGCUUCUCUUGCAGUUCUUGUCUUACUUACACCUACAGGCUCAGUGUCACUUUGUAUUGUCAUUUUCAUUUUUGAUCAGCCUGAUCAAGUGAGAAAAGGCUUUUUCAUCCCUUGUGCAGGAUAAAUGAUGAUGCAUAACAUUUUAAAUAAAUUAUGGGGAAUAUUUUAAUGUUUAAGCAGCACAUAAUCUGGAAAAUUCACUAAAGAGAUAUUUAAAGAAUAAAGAAAUUACAUUGGAAA